ACAGGGCUUGACUAAGAAAAUAUAUAGAUGACAGUCCACUAGACUCGAGAUGACAGGGUUAAAAACAAAUUUUUCAGAUAGUAUGGCAUCUGAAUUUACAGUUGUACAAGAUGUCAAGCGUUGGCAUGGCUAUACCGUAUUUUUUGGUGGCAUUCUUCUUUUUCAGCUCUUAAAUCUAGCGGUAACCAAAAUCGGCAACCCCAAAUCUGUCCGGUCUGAUAUCGACCCAUGGCGUUGGAGGAAUCUUUUUAUUUCGUGGAUACACGCUGCAAUAGUUGGAACUUGGGAUAUUUUAUGUUUGGUGCUAUAUCCAGAAUUUAUGAAUGAUUUGAUAGCUUACAACAAUUUUUUUAUAUAUUUGAUGAUACCUUUUUCAACUGCUUACUUUGUAUAUGAUAGUAUAGAUAUGAUUGUGAAUAGAAUGAUUUUAAAGAACUGGGAGUUAAGUCUACAUCAUAUAGCUGUAAUCUCCAUGUUUUGGUACAACUUUCAUGCAAGGAUAUGUAUAGGCUACAAUGUCCUGGCAUUGAUGGCAGAAAUCAAUAGUUUCUUUCUUCAUACUCGAAAACUCUUACAAAUGUGCCAAGUAGGUUUUGAUACGAGACUAUACAAAGGUGUAUCUUAUAUAAAUCUGGUAACAUUUCUUUUAUGUCGUAUGACCUCUGUUUCCCGUAUUUUUUAUGGAAUGUAUGAUGAAGGACACAGAGUGCCAUCAUUUUAUUUUGUUAUUCUGACAAUGUCAAUGGUUAUCAUGGCUGUUAUUAACAUUAUAUUAUUUUGGAGAUUAUGCCAAACAGACUUAUUACGGACACAAGACAAAGUCCUGAAGGAUAAAACCAUCACAGUUAAUGGCAAUAACAAUAGAAACCAUUUAAAAGUAGAUUAAAUUUAUUUAUGUUUUGUUAUAACUAAAUAUCUAUAGUAGAAUAGAAAGAAUUGUUACAAAUCUUUAUAGUAAGAUUAUUGUAUUUUUUAUAUUGUUUUCAAUCUGAUUAAAAUACAAAUCCUGUAUCCACGCUUCAUUUAUAAUGAUCUGAAAGUGCUCUGUUCUACUUUCUGUUUUAAAGACCUUCCAGAUUCCUCUGGUUUUGUCGUAAAGAUACUUCCCUUCAAAAAUUUGAAGGCUGAAAUUUUAUUGGCUGAUUUGAUAAUGAUCUGACAGAACAGAAAGUAGAACAGAGUGAUGUAAGAUCCUUGUAAGCAAAGCAUGAACACAGGAUAUGUAUUUCGAUCAUAUUGUAUUGUUUAGUGCAGUAAUCCUUUUGUAAUGUUGCGACAGAUGUAUAAGUUUAGAUUGCAGUGUUGUAUGUUAUUUCUUUCAAUGUCUCGGAAUAUUGCAUUCCAUUGGGAGACACUUUUAAAUAGAAAUACCGGUAAUUGUUGGCAGCAUGUAAACAAAUAUACAGUAUAUUAGCAGCUAUUUCUUAGCUUAGAAUUCUUAAGACCCCAAAAUAUAGUUGUUUUUUUUUGCCUCCCUACCUACACUUAAUGCAGACCGUAAUCAAUUUUAAGGAUAUUUUUGGUUAAGCAUGUCAUUGUCCAGAACAUUUCUGUAUUUAAUCUGUAAAAAUAAAAAAAUAAAAUUUUCCUACUUACCUACUGCCCUACGUUUUUCAGCAUAGAGACAGAAAACAAGUAUACAAUUUUUUUUUGUCCAAAGC